ACUUGAUGUGAAUAAAAGUUUUAAUUCAAUGUUGUUAAUGUUCGGGUCUCACUGCAUUGCCAUCUUUGUGCGGACUUGUUUCACUUUGGCUGAGCGCACACUCAUAAUCAGCCACGGUUCGCUCAUGCUAAGCCCGCGUUUCCUACCACGCUGAGUACUGAGGGGCUGAAUCCUGGCACUCGGCACGCUUCAGGUCAUCCAGGGUUGCUACCUUGCAGCACUCCUGCGUGUUCAGCGUCCCGGGCACCUGAAGCUCCCAGCGGCAGGUGGACGCAGGAAGGCUGUAAGAAGCUCUCCGUGGUCGUUUCAAACGGCUGCUUUUUCCGGUUUUACUCAAUCGAAAGAGGUCCGGAGCUCUGGCCCGUGCCUCUGUCUCCCCCUCCUGUCCUCAGCACCGGGUUGCGUUUUCCUCGAUUAUUUUCCACUCACUUUCUCGCAGUUUAAAAUGGCGGCGUUGAGCAGCGCCGAGUCCCCACCGCCCGUCUUUAACGGAGACACUACGGAGCUGGAGCCGGGCAGGGAGCGGGGCCUGGACGAGCUGGGCGCCGGACUGGACUCGUCCUGCUCGUCGGGGAUCCCGGGAGGUCCGCAGGAUGAGGAGAUCUGGAACAUCAAACAGAUGAUAAAGUUAACACAAGAACAUCUGGAGGCUCUCCUGGACAAGUUUGGCGGAGAACACAACCCUCCCUCCAUUUAUCUAGAGGCCUAUGAGGAGUACACCAGCAAACUGGACGCUCUGCAGCAGAGGGAGCAGCAGCUGCUGGAGGCCAUCGGGAACAGCGCAGACUUCUCCUGCUCUCAGUCUGCUAUACCAGCCCUUCUGGAAGUCAAGAUAGGAGGUUGUGGGGUUGGUGCAGGGCCUCAGGCUUUCCACUCGGCCCCAAACACUUUGGCUGUCCUGCAGACCCCCACUGACACAAGCCGAGCCAACCCUCGCUCCCCCCAGAAACCCAUUGUCAGGGUCUUCCUGCCCAACAAACAGCGAACAGUGGUGCCGGCACGCUGUGGGAUGACUGUGAGGGACUCCCUGAAGAAAGCCUUGAUGAUGCGAGGACUCAUUCCAGAGUGCUGUGCAGUCUAUAGGAUACAGGAUGGAGAGAAGAAGCCUAUUGGCUGGGACACAGACAUCUCGUGGCUGACGGGGGAGGAGCUGCAUGUAGAAGUGUUGGAAAACGUGCCGCUCACCACACACAACUUUGUGAGGAAGACUUUCUUUACACUGGCCUUCUGUGACUUCUGCAGAAAGUUGUUGUUCCAGGGUUUCCGCUGUCAGACCUGUGGCUACAAGUUCCACCAGCGGUGCAGCACUGAGGUUCCUCUCAUGUGCGUCAACUACGACCAGCUCGACUUGCUACUAGUGUCCAAGUUCUUUGAGCACCACCCGUUCACCCAGGAGGAGGUCUCCUCAGAGGGAACCACGCCUGUGUCUGAGGCCUGUCCAUCACUUCCCCCAUCCGACUCCACUGGAUCAAUAUGCCACGCCACUGUGUCACCGUCCAAAUCCAUACCCAUCCCGCCCAGUUUCCGGCCCAACGAGGAGGACCACCGCAACCAGUUUGGCCAGCGGGACCGUUCAUCCUCUGCCCCCAAUGUGCACAUCAACACCAUCGAACCGGUCAACAUCGAUGACCUGAUUCGAGAUCAGGGCUUACCGAGGUCAGAUGGAGCCCCCCCGACCCACCCCGCCUGCUGCUUGAGGAAGCACCGAACACGGACCUCAAGCCCCCUCCUAUACUCCUAUCCCAAUGACAUAGUGUUUGAUUUUGAGCCCGAGCCCGUUUUCCGAGGUUCGACCACAGGUCUGUCGGCCACACCUCCCGCCUCUCUGCCUGGCUCUCUGACCAACGUCAAGGUCCCACAGAAGUCGCCGUGCCCGCAGAGGGAGCGCAAAUCGUCCUCCUCGUCCGAGGACCGCAAUAAGAUGAAAACCCUGGGGAGGCGGGACUCCAGUGAUGACUGGGAAAUCCCGGAAGGUCAGAUUACUCUGGGUCAGAGGAUAGGCUCUGGAUCUUUUGGAACUGUCUUCAAGGGAAAGUGGCACGGUGAUGUGGCAGUGAAGAUGCUGAAUGUCACCGCUCCCACGCCACAGCAGCUUCAGGCAUUCAAGAAUGAAGUGGGAGUCCUCAGGAAAACGCGUCACGUGAACAUCUUGCUCUUCAUGGGCUACACCACCAAGCCCCAGCUGGCCAUCGUGACCCAGUGGUGUGAAGGCUCCAGUCUGUACCACCACCUGCACAUCAUCGAGACCAAGUUCGAGAUGAUCAAACUGAUCGACAUAGCCCGACAGACCGCUCAGGGCAUGGAUUACCUGCAUGCCAAGUCCAUCAUACACAGAGAUCUGAAGAGCAACAAUAUUUUCCUCCAUGAGGACCUAACAGUGAAGAUCGGGGACUUUGGUCUGGCUACGGUGAAGUCCCGCUGGAGUGGCUCCCACCAGUUUGAACAGCUUUCAGGCUCUAUUCUUUGGAUGGCUCCAGAGGUAAUCCGGCUGCAGGACAAGAACCCCUACAGCUUCCAGUCGGACGUGUACGCCUUUGGCAUCGUACUCUACGAGCUGAUGUCAGGAGCGCUGCCCUACUCCAACAUCAACAACAGAGACCAGAUCAUAUUCAUGGUGGGACGAGGUUACCUGUCCCCUGACCUCAGCAAGGUCCGCAGCAACUGUCCAAAGGCCAUGAAGAGGCUGAUGGCUGACUGCCUGAAGAAGAAGAGAGAGGAGCGGCCUCUCUUCCCUCAGAUUUUGGCAUCCAUUGAGCUGCUGGCUCGCUCGUUACCCAAAAUCCACCGCAGCGCCUCGGAGCCUUCGUUAAACCGAGCUGGUUUUCAGACAGAGGACUUCAGUUUGUAUGCCUGCGCCUCACCUAAAACCCCCAUCCAGGCCGGCGGUUACGGGGAGUUUUCAGCAUUUAAAUAAAUGGCGGCAGAUACCAGCAGUCCAUCCCUCGUCACUCCUCAACAGUCUUGUGUCCCUGCGGUGGAUUCAUUCAUUACUGGGAAAAAAAAGAAAAAGGAAAAAACCAAUGCGCCGUUUUCUUCCUCCGUCACCUCGAAGAAGGCAGCCUCACUAACAAGAAGCCGUCCAUUGGGCAGACGGCAGCAACACACACAAACUAAUCAGGAACGACGGAACAACAACAAAGCGAAGACAAAGAUAUCCGUACCAAACCGCUUUGAGGAAGACGUGGAAGUAAUCGCCUUGCCUGAUGGAUCCAAGUUGACCCACAGAGGAAAACCAUUUAAAGGAGAGCUUUGGAUGCGAGUUGUCCGGUCGCUGUUGUGCCGGUGAGGAGGAGCUGGGCGUUAGCCGUGCUGCUGAGCAGAGAACGGGCCUGCGGACCGAGAGGAGGCUUCACGCCGUCAGCUGCUGGAAGGCGUUGGCGCUUCCCUGGGAUGGGCUGGAGGAGAAGGAUUCUGAAGGACGAUGACUUGAAAGAGAAAUCUGUUUGUAUUUUUUCCAUUUGUGUUUUCCAUUUUAGCUAGCAGCUGCUGGGAAUACUUUCUGUCUUGGAUCUUUUAGCCGUCUCUUGUUUUCGGUGUUUAUGGAGUUUGUCUCCAACAUGGCAGCUGCUCUCUGCCAGCGAGGCUCUCUCUGGGUUUAAUGGCAGGACAGCAAAAGAUCUGCACCUCAACCAUGUUCUCCACUUUAAAAGCUUUCCCCCUUUCAAAGGAUAUUGUGGUCAUGUGACAAGCAGCAGAAAUGAUUGUCUCCAAGGUAACAUCAGGUCACAGACAGCUGAAGGUUUCAGCUGGACCUGCUCGUGGGGUUUCUUUGCUUCUCAUCGUUUUCACAGAUUGAUUUUCACACUGCGUGCACGUUGUGGCGUUGCUUUCUUCUCUUCCUGUGGGACCACAAAGCUUCAACGUUGCACUUACACAGACGUGUUACCGGCUGUUGAUCAAGAGUUCUGCGGCUUUGACAGUUCUGGAAAUGUCCUUUAAUCCCGCCUUUUACAUUCUCUGUACUUUCAUGUUAUUCCAGGUUUAGAUCUGUUCUGCUCUUUGUUUGCCUUCUUCCUGUACAGGCAGGCCUGCACAUACUGACUUAUUUAUGUGACUUUUUUAUGGGUUUAUUUUCAGGCUUUUAUUUUUUUUUUUACAACCCUUGUUUUCGUCAUGUGACUCAUAUUUGCACUUUGAUGGAUUGAAGCGACCGAGCGACUCGCCUUUUUGUUUUUGUUUCUUUGUUUGUAAUUGAAGAAGCGAGCAGAUGGCUCAGACUUCCAGUGAAGCUGCCCUCCGCAGGUGCAGGACUGUAAAUAUUCAUUCGAGGACCGCGUGACGAGCCUGCAGACCUGCCGGCGUACCGCCCUGACGAGGCUCCUGGCCUCACCUCGUGGACUGAGAGCGCGCAGCUAGUUGACGUGUCAGACCGAGCGCCGACAGGGCGGGUCUUCGCAUCCACGUGUGUCUUUCUAUCACGAAUGAUGGAAACGGACGUUCCCCGUCACCUCCAUGGCUUCCUUUCCAGUGAGUUUGUAUUUUUAACGUUGUUUCAGUCGCCGCAUCGUGAGAUGAUCAGCUUUAGAAAAUCGAACUAAACCGGCGCUGUCACGUA